AUGUCCUCGGGGAAGUUAAGGCAUACGUCUAUGUCAUUGAAUUUCAAAAGCGGUCGUAUCGUUUCCGCUAAUCCAGCCGAAGGAGAAAGGUACUACUUACGCCUACUUUUGUCAAAUGUCAGAGGGCCUACUUCUUUUGAACAUCUUUGCACAGUUAAUGGUCAACAGUGUGCGACAUUUCGAAAAGCAGCUCUUGAGUUAGGCUUAAUAGAAGACGAUGAAUAUCUAUCACAAUGUCUCGAAGAAGCCUCUACGUUUCAGUUUCCCAAUGCUCUUAGAAGGUUAUUUGCGACCAUAAUGAUUUUUUGCCAACCUGGAGAUAUUCGAAAGUUAUGGAAUGACCACUUUGAUUCAUUGUCUGAAGAUCAUCGGUUACACUGUCAAAGUAUAGAACAAGUUCAAAAUAUGGUUCUUACCGAAAUUAGUGUCUUGGUACAAUCCAUGGGUAAAAAUUUCAAUGAGUUCGACCUUCCUAAGAUAACAGACAAUGUUAACUUACAAGAUGCAGGUUAUCGUGAGUUACAAGAAGAGUAUGGGAUUGUUUUGGAACCUGAACACUUGAGUGCCAAAGAUUCACUUAAUUCGGACCAAAAAAACGUGUUUGAUGAGAUCAUGAUGCAUGUUGAUAAUGAUCUUCCAGGCGUGUUCUUUAUUGAUGGUCCAGGUGGAACUGGAAAAACAUUUUUGAACAUUGCCUUGCUAACUGAAAUUCGGUCACGUGGUCUUAUUGCCCUCGCAACAGCUUCAUCAGGUGCAGCGGCUAAUAAUAUGCCAGGAGGUAGAACGGCUCACUCGAGAUUCAAGAUUCCUCUUAAUCUUGAAAAUAAUUCAAUGUGA